AAUGACCUGAUACAGUUAAUAGGCUCUCAAGGCAUCAGCUUGGAUGAGUCGGACACAGACUCAAAUGGGCGCAAAGUUUAUCUGAUAAUCCCUCCUGCUUGGCACAGCGAAGAACUGGCCGAUCUUAUGUGCACCAUAGAUUCCAUGAUGGUUUCUAAUUGCCAGCCAAGAGUUGAACACAUAUCUGUUCACAGUCAAGAACCCAGGCACCAAGUACCCAGUAACCUCGUCAAUGAGGAUGCAGUGGCACCCCCAGGACUGCCACUCAACUGCUACAAGGGAAGUUGGCUGAUGUCCUUACUGCCUAAUGAGAGAAAGAAACUGAAUGCCUGGGUGGAUAAGUGGUAUAAUUUC